GAGAGAGCCAAAACACACAGCAAGAGCGAGCGAGAGAGAGAGAGAGAGAGAGAGAGAGAGAGAGCGAGCAGCAACAGCAAGUGAGAACCCAAAGAGGCCAAAGCCAAAGCGAGGAGGAAGACACACAAAGACAUUGACGAGCCGCAGCAAGCAGCCCAAGCACCCAGCAGCGAAUCCACUCUACCCUGAGCCCCAGGACGGAGGCAGGCUCGCUCGCCGUUGCCGCCGCCGGCGCCGCCGUCGGCUACCUCGCCCCGUGAAGCGAAGCGGCCCUACGCUGACCGCUGACGCUGGGACCCGCGACUGCUGGGAGGCUAAGAGUGGGCCCGCCCCCCUGAUGGGCGCCUGCGCGCCGGCGGCGAGGGGAAGCGUGAGGACGAGGAGGGCCGGCGGGCUCCGCGCGAAGCAGGCCGGGCGCGCCAGCUGCCGCGGCGCCUAGGGAGGCGGCGGUCCUGUUCGUCCGUCCUGUUCAGAGAGGCGCUGGAGGCGGCUGCGGCCUCCCGAGGAGCUAGGGUUCGUUAGGGUUCUCUCUCGCUCUGCGUCGCGGGGAUGGCGGUGGGGGACGCGCUGCGGCGGCUCUGCGAGGAGGUCGGCUGGUCCUACGCCGUCUUCUGGAAGGCCAUCGGCGCCGCGGACCCUGUGCAUUUGGUCUGGGAGGACGGCUUUUGUGGUCAUGCAUCGUGCUCCGCUGGAUCUGAGGCUCCUGAGGCCGGGUGCGAACCAGGCAGUAGCGUGUGCACGCUUGUUAGGAAGAUUAUGGCAUCACAAAUUCAUGUCGUUGGCGAAGGUACAAUUGGCCGUGCUGCUUUUACCGGAAAUCAUCAAUGGAUCAUCCACGAUCCUGCCAAUGAUCACAGUCUCAGAUCCGAGGUUUCUGCUGAGAUGAAUCAUCAAUUUGUAGCUGGUAUUCAGACUAUUGCAAUUAUUCCUGUGUUACCACGUGGUGUACUGCAGCUAGGCUCUACAAAUGUGGUAGUGGAAGAUACUAACCUUGUGCUCCAAUAUAAGAAGCUGUGUUCUCAGCUAAACAAUCGAUCAAGUAUGGCUUCAUCGUCAUCUGUUAAAAACGAAUUGAACCAGAAGGUCCAGUCACGCCCUUUGAAUGCCCCCUCAAGUAUCUACUCUGCAGAUGUACGCUCAAAUUUUUUUGGUGGAUCCCCAGUAACAUAUCAACAAUGCUAUGGCCUGGAUGCCACGACUGUGUCUAGUAGUACAUUGGCAAACACAGGCAGUAAUGCUUCAAUGCUUAUGGUUGCUCAAAGAAAUGGUCAAGCGGUUAAAGAGCACAUUCUAUAUGCUCCUGACAUGAGGUUCAGACCCCAAAACCCUUACUGUGACAGGAGAGUUGAAAGUAACACUCAAAGUAGUGUUGUGAGCUCUGAUUUUAUCUCAUCUAUCUCAGCAUCAAUGGAAAAACACCCAUUGUUGAUGACUAACAGUAGACAGUUAGAACAAGGAAACAUGGGUGAGCAGUCAGAUCGCAGAAAUUUUCUCUUGAAGUCUCUUGCAUAUCGGAACCCUUUAGUCCAUGAAAACACAAACAUGACUCUGUUGCAUGGCAGAAGCCAGGUGUCAGAUUUUGUUAAUAGUCAUGGGGGUUUUGAUUUUCUCCCAGAAGGUACUAGGGUAGUCAAGGGUAACCUGUAUGCCAGCACUGCAAAUCAAAUUCUAGAACAAAGAUGCAAUUCUACUUCUGGGAUUGCAGGGCAUAAAGCAGCUAUUUCAUAUAAAAUGCCCCAAUCCGCUCAAGUUAUGAAAAUGGAGAGUUCCAAGGGAGGGACCUUUCAAGCUUCUGCAGCUGUGUCGUCUGGCUCAAAUCUUUCUAGUAGCUUGAAAACAGCCAUUUCUCAAGAGAAGCAUAUUAGUAGCUCAGAUCUUGCUGGCCCAAAAAAGGCUAAUGAAGUACAUGAUCCUGCUGAUGUAAUUGUUCAAGCUGUCAAGAAUAUGGAUCGACGCAAGCUCCCAGACAUCUCUAAUGAGAAAGUACCGUCGCUCCUUAUGGAUCCUAUUGCAGAAAGCGAUUUGUUUGACAUGUUUGGUUCUGAAUUUCAUCACUUGUGCCGCAAUGUGGAUAAUGAUCUUACCGGGAAAGCUGCGAAACCUGAGAGUUCAAAUAGAGGUGCGCCUGAGUCCUCUGUUCAUGUCGAUACAUCUCCAGCCUUUGAUUCAGUGGAUGGCGAGUUCCCUUAUUCUGGGAUCUUCUCCCUAACUGAUACCGACCAACUAUUGGAUGCGGUUAUUUCCAAUGUCAAUCCCGGUGGCAAGCAGAUCUCCGGUGACAGUGCCUCUUGCAAGACUUCAGUGACAGAUAUUCCUAGCAGUUCGUAUUGUCGCUCAAAAGAGCCAAAGCACUGUGCAUCAUCUGGUGCUCCUCCUUUGCUAAUCAAGAAUGAGUUGGCUGUUUCAAAUUUGGUUAAACAGCCAUCUUUCCUAGAGAAGGAAGAGGAUGGCUGUCUUUCCCAAAAUAAUGGAAUACACAAAUCUCAGAUACGCCUUUGGAUUGAGAGUGGACAGAACAUGAAAUGUGAAAGUGCUUCAGCCUCAAACAGCAAGGGCGUUGAUACGUCAAGCAAGGCAAGUCGGAAGAGAUCUCGACCAGGAGAGAAUCCUAAGCCACGUCCAAAGGAUCGUCAGCUUAUUCAGGAUCGUAUAAAGGAGCUCCGGGAACUCGUGCCUAAUGGGGCAAAGUGUAGCAUCGAUGCGUUAUUGGAGAAGACCAUUAAGCACAUGCUUUUCUUGCAAAGUGUGACAAAGCAUGCGGACAACCUCAAGGACUCUAAUGAAUCUAAGAUACUUGGUGGUGAGAAUGGUCCGCUUAAAGACUACUUCGAAGGUGGUGCAACUUGGGCCUUUGAUGUUGGUAGUCAAUCUAUGACAUGCCCGAUCAUUGUUGAGGAUCUUGACCGGCCUCGGCAGAUGCUUGUGGAGAUGCUUUGUGAGGAUAGGGGUAUCUUCUUGGAGAUAGCUGACUUUAUCAAAGGACUAGGAUUAACCAUCUUGAGGGGUGUGAUGGAAGCACGCAAAAAUAAAAUCUGGGCACGGUUCACUGUUGAGGCUAACAGGGACGUGACUAGAAUGGAAAUCUUCCUGUCCCUAAUGCGCUUGCUGGAACCUAGCUGUGAUGGUGGCGGAGCAGGAGAGAACCCUAACAGCGUAAAAAUGCCUCUUGGAGUUGUGCAAUAUCCCGUUAUCCCUGCGACGGGGCAUCUUAGAUGAGCAAGCCAGCGAGCACAAAUGUCACCGGAGGCAUCUUUGAAAUGCUAAGAGCGGGAGGUCAACCCACUUCUGCUAUGACUAGCAUUGUCAACUCACGACGAGCUGGAAUCUCUGACAUGCAGCGCAUCACCCCCUGCAGUGUGCAUUCGGAAAGCCUAACAGUAGACGCGUACGAGAGGAGGAUAGUUUGGUUCGGCAGAUGAUCAUUAGGCGAUCGAUGUUUUGGUUGUAUAAUCCUAGUUUCUGUUGUCGCUGAUGCUUUUGUUUUUUCUUCUGCAUAUUAGUGAAUUUUGUGAUGUUCAUCUAGUGAAUGGAAAUUCUGAGCUGAUUUGUAGGCCUU